GAAGACGUACCCCAACUAUAUGAUGGGCGGGGGCUACAUUCUCAGCGGCGACGUGGCCAAGAUGCUGCUGGACAUGAACAGCAAGAUGCGGCUCAAGUUCACGCCCAUCGAGGAUGCCACGCUGGGCUUCUGGCUGAUGAGCAUGGACCUCCGCCAUGUUGACCACCCAAAGAUGUACACAUAUGCGGUGCCCUGCUGUUUCAAGGCGCCUGUGAGGAAGGAGGGGCAGCGGAUAGUCACGCGAUUCCAGCUGCAGGAUGACAUUGAGCAGCAGAUCUGCUCAAAUGAUCCCUGGAUCAUUCUGCACAAGAUAGACUCACCCACAAAGAUGCGCUACAUCGGCAGCAAGGUCAACAGCUGCAACAAGACGGUAGACAGCAUGUCUGUUGCGCCCAGCAUUGCCCACUGGGUCAAGCGGAAAGAGGUCCCUGAUGAUGAUGAUGCAACUCCAACAGAAGUCAUCCUACAGAGGCGGAGAUAGUAUCUGGGUUGGGCUGUCAAGACUUUCUUAAAGGAUUAGAUGUUGGGUGAGAUCUAGUCUGAGCCCAGAUGAGAGGCCAGGGAUAUCUUUUGCUAUACACUGCUUUAAUUGUGAGAGGGCGGGUGAUCGCGGCAAUUCAUGACCAGGCCAUCUUGAAUGAUGCCACUGCGGCAUUGAUUUUGGGAUGCGAUUGCCAGAACAGUAGUCUUGCAGGCCAAUAUUAGGAUGUUUUCUUGUGUGUCCGACAAGGGGCCUCCUGAUCCAUGCACCUGUCCAACCCCUCAACUUGUCUCCAAGAGUCCGAAGAAUUUAGCUGAACUAAACUGCAGAGUGCACGUGCACCUGGGAAGAACCAUAGAUGAGAGCUGGUGCAUUAGAUAUUCUUGUACAAAUGUAAUCUUUUGACAUAGC